UGCAAAAUGCCCUUUUUUCUUCACAAUAAUAAACAUUCUCAUGAUCCAUUUGUGUUUAUAAAAUACCAUCAUCUUUUUAUCUAAAUCUGGUAUAUAUAUUUCCUUCUCUUAAAUCUCUAUCUUUUUUCAUUAAUUGUGUAUAAGUAUUGUGUAUAUAUAUAGUAUAAAAUAAAAUUAAAAAACUAAAAACCCUAGUCAACAAAAAAAAAAAUAUCACCAGAUCUGUGAUGUGAAUUUACAAUCUAUGGACUUAACAAAUACCUCAUCAUCUUCUUCAUCUUCACCUAGUCGUUACGAAAGCCAAAAACGACGAGAUUGGGAUACAUUUGGGCAGUUUUUAAGAAACAACAAACCACCACUUUCUUUCCCUAAUUUUAACCCUAGUCAUGUACUUGAGUUUUUACACUAUCUUGAUCAAUUUGGAAAAACUAAAAUCCAUAUCCAAACAUGUCCUUAUUUUGGAGUACCAAACCCACCUACAGCUUGCCCGUGUCCUUUUCGUCAAGCUUGGGGCAGUCUUGAUGCACUCGUUGGUCGGCUUCGGGCAGCUUAUGAUGAACAUGGAGGAGACCCGGAGGUAAACCCAUUUGGUGCACCCGAAGUGAGGCGGUUUUUGAGAGAAGUUCGUGAUUUUCAAGCCCGGUCAAGAGGGAUUAGUUACGAGAAGAAGCGAAAACGGCCAAAGAAGUCGCAGCAACAAGAGGAUGAUCCAAAUGAACCCUAAAAAGUGUAAGGAACCCUAAUGAGACAAGGAUUUAUAUAUAUAUAUAUAUAUAUAUAUAUAUAUAUAAAGAUCAAGUCUGUAUUAAUUAAUGUGAGAAAGAUGCAAGUUUGUUGAGAAAAAAUUGACUUGAUAAUUAAUAUUAUUUGUUUUCUCCUAUGUUUAAACUUGUUUAUGUUAUUGGUUUUCAUGGAAAUGAGAUGGAUUUUCCAGUGUUA